CCCUGGACGACAGGAAAGGGUAUUACUGUGCUAAUCUCUGUUUCACAGCUUGACCCUCUUCAAAUGAAUCCUUUGACCAAUUUCAUUGGCAACAGCUCAGCAGACAAUGGCUUUUACAUUUCAGCAUUCGACAGCCUUGCUCAUAAAAACUACCUCAUCCUCAUCCUGUCCGUCAUUUACAUCAUCACGAUGGCGGGGAACCUCAUUCUGUUGUCCAUUGUACUCAUGAACACCAGCCUGCACAAUGCCAAGUACAUUGCGGUGUGCAAUCUGGCCCUGGUGGACAUCUCAGUGAGCAGUAUUAUAAUCCCCCAGAUGGUGCCGGUGUUUGUGUUUGACCUGAAUCACGUCUCCUUCGGCAUGUGCUUCUCCCAAAUGUUCUUCAUGCACUUCUUCACCGACAUGGAGUCCUUCUCCCUGGCGGUCUUGGCCUACGACCGCCUGGUCGCCAUCUGUUUCCCCCUCCGCUACGCCACCAUAAACACGAACCCGAGGAUGUUCUUCAUCCUGGCGGGCAUGUGGGCGCUGGUCUUUCUCGUAGAGAUCUACCCCGUGAGCCUGGCCGUCCGACUGCCCUACUGCGCCUCCAGGGUGGUCCGGAGCUGCUGCUGCGAGCACGGCCCCGUCUACAUCCUGGCCUGCGCCGACGUCUCCUACAACCGCAGCGUGGCCAAGGCCAAGACGCUGGCCGUCCUGUUCGGCCCGCUCGCCUUCAUCCUGUGCACCUACGUGGUGGCGGUGGCGGCGGUGCUGAAGAUCGCCUCGCCGGAGCAGCGGAGGAAGGCCUUCUCCACCUGCCUCACGCACAUGCUCCUGGUGCUGGUCUACUACCUCCCCGUCAUCCUGGCCUACCUGGCGGGCAGCACCCGCCUGGUGACCUCCCUCGACAUGCUCACGGCCAUUCUGACCGUGUGCGUCACCCUGCCCCCCAUGCUCAACCCCAUAAUCUACAGCCUGAAGACCGAGGAGCUGAGGGAGAAAAUCGCGAAGAUGCUCGGACUGCAGAGAGAACCCAAGUCCAAUAACAAAGGGCCGAUGUGAAACUGACCACCGUCGAUCCAUUAAUAAAGGAAACUGGUUUGCUUGCUCUUGGUUCAUCUGACCGGCAGAGACAGUGUGUAAGUGUACUGCUAGUGUCAUGCUUGUUAUUUUUAAAUUAUGAAUAACUUUAAUAUUUUAUUCCACUUUAAUUUCAUUGU